AUGGCCAGAGCACCACCUCUCUUCAUCCGAAAGACCUUCAUCCUCUUCUCCAAUGCCCCGAAAGAGCUCGCUGAGUGGGCAAGGAACGGGACGACGAUCUUGAUCCACGACUCCCACGUCUUUGCGCGGGAGCUCCUCCCACGCCACUUCAAGCACAGCAACUUUCUCUCGUUCGUGCGCCAGCUCAACUUUUACGGUUUCCACAAGUGCAAGCGCGAUGACGGCAGCGGCGUCAUUUGGGAGUUCCAGCACGAGGCGUUCGUACAACACAAGCCAGAGCUCAUGCGAACGAUCCAGCAUCACCAAGCACCAGUGGUAGCAGCGAGCCCGGCCAAGCCAUCGCCGUCGGACGAGACCGCUAUGCUGCGCGUCAAAUCUCAGAGCUUUCGCGGGUCGUUGCCAGCCUCGACGAGCCUCACCCCGACGAGACCCAAGGGCAUGGUAUUUACAAAGCUCAAUCUGCGUUGCUCGACCGAGCCGAUCUGGAGCCUCUUGAUGCUGGGCGAGGCGUGGACAGCGCUUUGA